UCAUAAGUGUUUUUUUUUUUUUUGGAAGAAAAGGCUAUGGGGAAUUCAUUUGCAUGUUUCGCGCCGGCGCCGGCGACCAGGCCGGCGGCGCCGAGGGAAGGACUUCCGUCGUGGGUCUCACCGUCCGCCGCCGCGUCUAGGAAGUCGAGGAGGCAGCAGUCUUCUCCUCCGGAGGUUUUCGAUGAUUCGUACAUCAAGCAACAAGCGCAGAUUGCGUCCAUGCUCUAUCACCAGCACUUGCAGAACAAUGGCGGUCGGGAUUUUCUUCUUCAAUUGGACCGCUCUGUGUCGACCAGGAAUCCGAAUAAGUUGCCGAGGAAUUCCUCAAAGCGAUCGCGCUCUGUUUCGUCUUCCAAUCCGCUGUCCACCUCUCUGCAGCUCCUUAAUCAGGAUAAUGUAGCAGGAAGUAAAGGAGUGGUGGGAGAGAGCAAGCAUUUUGUAUUGGUUCAUGGAGGAGGUUUUGGGGCAUGGUGUUGGUACAAAAUCAUAGCACUCCUAAAAGAAAGCCAUUGCCAAGUUGAUGCAAUAGACCUUACAGGCUCUGGUUCAAACUUCUGUGACAUAAAUUCCAUCACUUCACUGUCUCAAUAUGUCAGCCCUCUCACUACUUUCCUUGCAAAUCUUCCUGACAACAAACAGGUGAUUUUGGUUGGGCAUGAUCUUGGUGGAGCUUGUAUCUCUUAUGCAAUGGAGAUGCAUCCAGCUAAGGUUUCAAAAGCCAUUUUUGUUGCUGCAACAAUGUUGAGUGAUGGGCAGAGUGCCCUUGACAUCUUCUCCCAACAGUCAUGCCUGAGUGACCUCAACCAAAAAGCUCAGAAAUUCCUCUAUGCAAAUGGGAAGAAUCAUCACCCAACUGCUAUUGAAUUCGACAAAUCCCUUGUUGAAGACUUGCUGUUCAACAAAACCCCUUCAAAGGACAUUGCCUUAGCAUCGGUGUCCAUGAGGGCAAUACCAUUCGCGCCCGUGACACAAAAGCUCACACUCUCUGCAACAAACUAUGGCGCAAUCGCAAGAUUCUACAUCAAAACAGACGAAGAUUUCGCCGUUCCUCAAGCUCUUCAGGAGGCCAUGAUACAGUCGAGCCGCCCCAAGCAGGUCUUCGAUCUAAAAGGCUCGGAUCAUUCGCCAUUUUUCUCAAAGCCUCAGGCGCUCCACCGGCUUCUAUUAGAGAUAUCAAAUCUCCCAUCCAAGUCAUAAAACACGGCAUAACUCGAUUCAACAGAAUUCAGACAAGAUCAAAACACGACCAAACCCGGCAUGUAAGGACACAGCAAGCCGCGGAAA